UUAAUUGUGGUCAAUUUGAUCAAAUCACAAUUGUAAAGUAAAUUAAUUGAAUAGUUUACGUUGCGUUUUAUCAUACAGUUUUGCUUAAAAACUUGAUUUCAAAGUAUUUUUGCAUCUUGUUCUCGAAAUCCAUUUCGACUGUGUCUUGUGCUUUCCAUUUUAUCACUAGUAAUAGGAAAUGAAUAAUCAUACGUGAAACACACAGAGGAAAAAAGAAACUUUGAUUGCAUCAUGGAGGUGUCACACUCAUUGACAUUAAAUGAGUCCGCUCUACAGCAGUUACCAGAUGAUAAAAAGCCUCAUUUCAUUUUUGAAUGGCUCCGUUUCUUAGACAAGGUUCUAGUUGCAGCUCAUAAGUCUGAUAUAAAAAGCUGCCAGCAAAAACUUGUAGCCCAAUUAGUCAAUCUACUUCGAGAAUCAUUGGGCGCGCCAGCACGGAGACUGCUUGCAAGAUGUCUCGCUACAUUGUUCUCAGUUGGUGAUACAUUUCUACUGUUUGAUACGGUCAACAAAUGCAAUGAUAUCAUCAAAGUUAAAGAUGAUUCACCUUCUUACUUACCAACAAGACUGGCUGCCAUUUGUUGUCUGGGAAGUAUGUAUGAAAAACUAGGCAGAAUGAUGGGAAGAUCUUAUGAAGAGACAGUUACAACCCUAGUGAGAUCACUCAAAAGUUCCGAGUCUCAGACUAGAUUGGAAAUUAUGAUUACUUUGGAGAAGAUCUGUCUAGGCAUGGGCACUGCGGCGGGUGCGGCACUGCGCGAGGUGUCGCGUGCGGCUCGCGGGGCGUUGCUCAGUGAGCGUGCGUACGCGGUGCGUGCGGCCGCUGCGUGCGCGAUGCGACGCGUCUUGCCGUUGAUGCGACUCGCUCCCGCUGAUGUUGAUGCGAUCGCGGCCGCCUGUUUACGUGCUGCUCAUCCAAGUGAUUAUGGACUAAGGUGUGCAGUGGCAGAACUUCUUGGUUCACUGAUAGCCACAACUCAAGCGGGAGAACUCACCAAUGCUAAUACUAAGAUGAAGAUGGGUAUUCAGUCAGUUCAACAAAGCAAGAAGGAUCCACAAAAGAAUGUGGUGUCAUUAGAUGAAGCUCUCAACCUACUAAUGGGUGCGUUCCUAAGAGGUGGUACAUCCUUCCUUAAGGGUGAUAUCAUCAAAUCAGGUUCCGGAGUGAACAGAGAAGUUAGAGUUUGUGUUACACAUGCAUAUGUAAUCUUCGUACAGAACAUGGGCGGUGUGUGGUUAGAACGUAAUAUGACUACUUUCCUCACGCAUGUUCUAGAUUUAGUGGCAAAUCCUAAAGCCGCUAGUUCACAUGUAGAUGCUGUUUAUUCUAGGAAGUGCAUAAACUACAUAUUACGCAAUACUCUGGGCAAAAUGUUGGGAGAGAAAGCUCAAGCAUCGGCCUGCAAAGAAAUCAUACAGAUUGUGGCCAAACAGAUGAACAGUAUUGACUUCAACCCGGAGAAUGCCAAGGAUUGUAAUCAGGAGACAUUGUUCAGUCAGCACCUGUUGGUGUGCGCGCUGUCGGAGGCUGGAGAGCUGGCGCAGCAGCUCGGCACCUCAGUUCAUAACCUGCUCACAGACACAUCACUUAACAUGAUCGAUACUAUAUUUACGGUGUUGCAACAUCCGUGUGUCGCUGCACGUCUGGCUGCGGCGCGUUGCUUGCGUGGUGUUUGCGAAGCUCUACCAGCACAGAUCGCACCUCUACUGGACAGAUGUGUGGAUGCACUGGAUGCACCCAGACCCACCCCUCAUCACAUAUCUGGUUAUUCUGCGGCGCUGGCUGCAAUACUGGGGGUGGUGAGCAGGUCACCGCUGGGAGUACCACAUGGGCGUGGCAAGGUGGCCUUCAAUGCAGCUGAGCAGCUGCUGCGCUCAGCCGGACAGAGCAGCCGUCUCACCGCAGCCAGGACCAAUGCUGGCUGGCUUAUUGUUGGCGCUAUAUGUACUUUAGGUGUUCCAGUGGUACGAGGUCUUCUGCCACGUAUGCUGCUGCUCUGGAGGAACAGCUUCCCGCGUUCCGCCAAGGAACUAGAGUCGGAAAAGGCCAGGGGAGAUGCGUUCACUUGGCAGGUGACAUUAGAAGGUCGUGCAGGCGCACUAUCAGCACUCCACAGUCUGCUUAUUCACUGUCCAUCACUGGUACACAAUGAUGACACCGCCAAACGUCUCACGCAGCCCAUAGAUGGAGCCAUCGCUGUUCUUACCAAUGUGAGUACAGUCGUACGUAAUUACGGUGGUGCUCUAAAAGCUCCGGCAGCGUUACUCCGUCUCCGACUGUACCAGGCGUGCGGUGCGCUGGGCGGGGCCGGCGCGCCCGCAGCGCCACUGUUGCGUCUGCUCGCCGCUGAGCUGGCGGGCUCGGCGGACCCUAGCGGGGCUAAUGUUGCUACUGGCAUUUUGAGGAAUGCAAUGCACCCCCGAGAUACUAUAUUGCUGGGUGAAGAAGGUUGGAUCUAUGAAACUGAUCAUGCUGAAAUUGAAGAACAGUUGAUUUCACCGCUGAGUGCGAGCGGAUCUGGUGCGCUGGAGCAUGAUCCGUGCUGUUUGUACCGCGGUGCUGGUGGUGCACAGCCUCUGGGCGUGGCUGUUAUUGACGCCUCUGUACUGCUGUUCCCGCAGAUAUUCUCCAGAGCAGCUAACAAACACAGACAACAGAUGCUGGAGCACUUUGCGGAGUGCAUCAAGAUGUCGAAAGGUGGUCGUCAGGAGGCGAUACAGAUCAAUGUGUACACCGCGCUGCUGCUCGCUCUCCGCGCACUCGCUGAUACCAAGACCUCGCUGGGACAGGAACCUGUCAAGAAUGUUGCGAUAGAACUUAUUAUUAAUGGUCUAUCAUCAAACAGCGUGACAGUGCGUGCGGCUGCCGCGUCGUGUGCGGGUCGACUGUGCGGCUGCGUGACGGACUCUGACUCGCAGGCGUUGAGUGAGCGUGUGGUGGCACUGGCCCGUACUGCGCCAAGUCGUACUGUCCGUGCUGCAGCAGCUGCUGCUGUUGGUGCAGUGCAGCGUGCUAGGGGUGCAGCCUCCAGCGCUGCAGCACUGCCUGUAUUGCGUGCGCUUGCGCAAGAUACAGCCGCUGUUGAACUACAAGUGUGGUCGUUGCACGCACUAUCAGUGCUUGUGGAUGCGUCAGGUCCUAUGUUCCGUGGCCACGUGGAGUCCACACUCAACUUGGCGCUGAAGCUGCUGUUCAGUUCGCCACCGUACCAGGAGGAUCUGCACCGUGCUAUCGGUCGUCUGCUCUCCGCUCUCAUUACAGUUGUCGGUCCCGAAUUACAAGCUGGCGGCGGCGCAGUGAGCCGGUUCAUCUGCGCGUGCGCAGCGCUGCAGGAGUGCGGAGGUGGUGGAGCUCGUGCGGAGAGCAUCGGCUGUCUGCAGCAGCUGCAGAUGUUCUCGCCGCGCAGCAUCAACCUGCAUCUGCUAGUCCCUCAGCUAUGCCGAGAUUUAUCAAGCUCCGAGCUGGCAGUACGACGAGCUGCGCUGUGCUGCUUACGUCAGCUGUCUCAGAAAGAGGCGGCCGAGGUUUGCCGCUAUGCGCUACUAGCGAAGGACCAUGUACCAGCUAAACCAUACUGUGGUGUGACAAUAACAAGUAGCGGACUACCGGGCGCGUUGUUCGCAUACUUGGACACUGAGCGUGACAGCGCUGCGCAGUCGCACGCGCGCGACACGCUCGCCUGCUGUCUGCUCGCGGCGGCGGGCGCUCGCAGACUGAACGAAUGGCUGCAGCUUGCUAAGCGAGUGCUUACCUUACGACUGGAGGACACCACAAAUCAAGAAAUGGAUUUCGACGGUGAAGGUGAUGACGAUCAAGUGGAAUUCCACGCGGAGUCGGAACAAUCAACACAUCCGGCUAUUCAGCCGAGAUGGUCCACUAAGGUGUUUGCGAUGGAAUGCAUUCAGAAAAUGAUGGGUGCGUGCGAAGCGACCGGCGACAGCGCACAUUUCGAUCUAGUUAAAGCUAAAGAGAAACUGCAAAAUGAUCCUAACGGCGACUACCUAUCCCUGCACGUAUCAGACUUGGUACGUAUGGCGUUUGUGGGAGCAACUGGUGAGUCUGAUGCACUGCGGCUGGCGGGACUCCGCACUCUGCAGACCAUCAUACAGCUGUUCGCACGUGCACCGGAGCCAGACUUCCCCGGACAUCUGCUACUCGAGCAGUAUCAGGCGCAGGUGGGUGCGGCAGUACGACCAGCGUUCGCCCGCGACACUGCUUCACACGUGACGGCUGCUGCGUGCGAUUUAUGCUCUGCAUGGCUCGGCUGCGGCGUCGCUAGAGAUAUUGAUGAUCUGCGCAGAGUUCAUCAGCUUCUUGUAUCCAGUUUGGAUAAAUUGAACAAAAAAGGGAAUACGACGCUCAUUUAUAAUGAGAGUAUGGCUACGCUCGAGAAAUUGUCUAUACUAAAAGCCUGGGCUGAGGUGUACAUUGUAGCUAUGGUUAGCAAUGAUAGCGCUCCAGGCAGUUAUGUGCGUCAGUUAGACACAAAACCCUUCAACAAUAAAGCAGAGUUAGCCAAAUGGCGGAACAAGGUGUUGCAGAACAACAAUCAAAUAGACAACGCAACUCAAGAGGAAGAUGACGAGGAGUAUGGAGAUUUCGAGUCAAAAGGAGAAAGUCUAUUGAAGCUUGUAGAACCUGAAUUAGAGAGUUUGGGAGAUAAUUGGUUGGCCGCUUUGAAAGAUCACGCCCUUUUGAGUCUACCUCCAGAGUUUGCAUCUCAGUUGCCGCAUGGGGGCGGGGCGUUUUACUCCGCGGAGACGGCGGAGGCUUCGCGUGCGCAUUACGUACGAGCCUGGCCCUCGCUACUGUACGCAGCUGCGUUACGAUAUAACGCCAACUUCAGAGAUAUACCAUCAGCUAACUCUGAUGAUAAUCAAAAUACUGACAACACUGUGGAUAACAGAUCGAAUAAGACGGAAAAUGGCAAUUUUGAAUUCUUCGAACCAGUUGAUGAAAGAUUCCAUCUACUCUUUGGUAUAUGUAUGGAGGCGUUAUGUGCUCAGCGUGACAUGAGUGACAAUGAUACAGUGAGCGUGCUACUUGCUCUUGUCACUCUGCUGGAUGCGCAAGAGAACAGAGCACGAUUAUUGAAGGAUAGGGCAUUAGCGAUAGAGCUGUGUCAGAUCAUCCACCGCACUGGACUGACGCAGGAGAGCAUAGAGGCGCUGUUGUUGACAGCUGACGUGUUGCAGCUCGUCAUAGAGGGCGCUAAGGAGCAGCUACAUGCUAACAUGCAAGCUAAGAUAAAAGAACUAGCACCUAAUGCUUCAGAAGGAAAUAUACCACAAUCAGUACUCGAAGUUGUCCAUACUCUUGGCGAGGGGGGUCCUACUGGUGAUCUGCCCCCCUCCAAGUCGGUUGUGUUUGCGUGUCUGGAGGCGUGCGUUUGCCUCCUAGUGCGGAGAUUGCCUGCCCUUAGUCCUCUUAAACAGGAGGGUAAAGUCGGAGUCAUAGGAGUGCCCAAAGGUCUUGGUGUACAUGGUGAUACGUUGCUGGUGAAGAGUUUAGCUGCUAUGUCGGAAUUAACCUCGCUGACAAGUCCACAAGGUGCUCUAUCUCUACUGCCAACUAUCCUCUACUUAGCUACAGAAGUACUAAAGGAGAGUAAGGGAGAGCCAGUUGUAUCUGAGGCGGGCAUUUUGCUGCUGCAGCAUUGCGCGGAGUGCAAACGUGCUGCCCUACUGCCCGACACGAAGGAGCGACAUGCGCAGCUGCUGCAAAGUGCACUCGCUAAACUAGUGGAGAGCGUUAAAACCGAAGCUGCUGAACAAAGGAUGGAGGCGAUCACUGGUGCACGUGGUAUGGCUGCAGUGUUAGGUCGUGCUGCGCCUGCACCAGCUCUACAUUAUCCCUGCAUCAAUCACUUCAGACAAUGUCUUGAUACACGGGACAAUGAUGCGUUUGCUGCAUGUUGCGGUGUACUGCGUGGUGUGUGGGGCGGUGGUGGUGGUGGUGGUGGUGGUGGCAGCAGUGCCGUGUCAUGGUGGGCGCGGGCACUGGGCGCCAGGGUGGUGGCUCGUGCUGCUGCAGCUCGCAGACCAGCUGAUGCAUCACAUGUCCGCGCCGCGCUCGCAGCACUCGCAGCACUAGAUGACCUGCUGGCUGCUGCACCUAAUGGACCACGUGUACAGCUGUUACGUAUGCUGGUGCCUAUAGUUAUAUCAUAUUUACGUGAGUCUGGUGAACUGAUGAGAGCGGCACCACACGAGCGUACGUUACAUGACUUCGCACUGAACUGGUUAAUGCGUGUUGGACCUAAAUACCCACAGGAAUUCAAAACAAUGAUGCAACAGUCGCCGGAGUUGCGCAGCAAGCUGGAGGGCGCCGUGAAGGCGAACCAGAGCGCGCGGGCGGGCCGCACUCCGCCGCGUCCAGUGUUCGAGUCCCGCCCCGCACGACCCACCAUACAGCUUAAGACUGACUUCUCAGACUUCAGAUAAAUAUUACCUAUAUGUCACAGACACAGCUAUCAAAUUUCAGAAAUUAAGUUAUCGCCGGUUUACUUUAUUCCAGUACAGCGAUCGAAAUCGCCACUGGAUUACAAUUGGAAUAAUGUAAACGGUCUCAGUGCUGAUCACUGGACUGGAAUGAUGUAAACUUUCUCAGUGCUGAUCACUGGACUGGAAUGAUGUAAACUUUCUCAGUGCUGAUCACUGGACUGGAAUGAUGUAAACUCUCUCAGUGCUGAUCACUGGACUGGAAUGAUGUAAACCGGGCAUUAAGAUGAUAUUUUCGCAAUAAUGUUUGUUUAAAGCCCGAAUCACCGAUUUGCAUGGAUUAUAUAAAAUUUGGGAAUUGAGAAAAAAAUAAUAUUUGCUUUAUUUGCGCAAAGUUUUGAA